AUGAUCGAUUCACAUCUGAUAAGAGAGGGCAGAGGCAAGGAGGAGGAGGAAGAAGAAGAAGAAGAAGCAGAGGGUUUUGCUACGACUACGAUGGAAGAGGAGAAGGCCUUUCCCAGUGACUCGUCAGGUUUCGAGUUCUUCAUCAUCAUGCUCUCAAAUUCCUUGAAGAAACUGAGGAUGCCAGACAAGUUCGCCAAGGUGCUCGCCGGCCGCGAGCCCCGGGAAGUGAAGCUGCGGGAGGCCGGCAGCGGGCGCCGCAGCCUGUGGGACGUGAAGGUGGUGCUGGACGCCGACGGCCACACAUACCUAGGGCGCGGCUGGGAGCGGUUCGCCCGCGCGCACGACCUGCGGCUCGGCUACUUCCUCGUCUUCAGCUACGACGGCGACGCCGUGCUCACCGUGAAGGUGUUCGACGUGAGCAUGUGCCGCAGGCACUACAAGCACCACGACGACGCUGAUGCCAGCAGUGGGAGCAGCAGCGACAGUGGCGGCAGCAGCUCGGCGGAGGUGGAGGUCGACGACGCUCCGACGUCGCAGUUCACGGUCAGGCUGAGCGGCUGCCACUUCCUCGAGAAGCAGCAGCAGUAUCUGAACGUGCCGCUGGAGUUCCAUGAGGCGCACGGGUACGCGGAGAGGAGCAAGGUGGUGCUGCGGAUGAGCGGCAAGUCGUGGGGCGUGACCCUGAAGCACACCAACCGGGCGGGCGGCAAGACCCGGUCGUCCUUCAGGUACGGGUGGCACCAGUUCCUGGUGGACAACCGCCUCACCGUCGGCGACACCUGCUUCUUCCGCGCGCUCCGCGCUGGCGGCGAGGACCACGAGCUCAAGGUGCAGGUCCGCAAGCUGGACGGCACCUUCGUGGAAUGA